CUACUAAUCUGAUCAAGAAGUAUGGACCUCAUUAGCUGAUCCUACUGUAGUUAUGUUCUCUUGACCAUCAGUAGGGGAACGAUGAAGUACUGGAAGAGGGUCGGUGUGGGUACAGUGUUUUAUACUGUCCUAGGGUCCUGCGUCUUGGCUGUCAAAUGGAACACUCACAGAGGUGGGGACCAUGGAAUUUCGGUUGAGGAAGAAAACACAGUUAGGAUUGAUGCAAAUUCACUAAAAUUUAAUAAAUUGCCAGAAAACACAGAUUUUGACAAUUCUUGGACAAGUCUUUGGGAGCUAGCAGACAAUGUUAUGGACCACCAGACAGACAUGGACGAAAUGGACUCACGGAAGGAACUGAUGGAUAAUAUAGACCAACAUAGGAAAAUGGUGGACCAUACCAACAACCAGCAGACUGUUUCCUCUCACCACUUGAGAAAAAGGGAGGCGAAAAAACCCAAAAAUACUAAGAAGAGGAAGAAGCUCAACAAGAAGAAAACAGAGCAAGAGAAAGAUGAAUCAGAAAGUAAACACAAACUGUCUUCCAAAUCUGCAACAUCUGAAUCGGAAGAGUCGGAAACAGCACCUGAGUCAUCUGAUGCUACGUCCUCUGAUUCCUCCACUUCUAGUUCUUCCAGUUAUGAGGACCUGUCUAGUGGUGAUCUACACAACCAUGAUGAUAGUGAUGAUGAAGAUGAUAGUGAUGAUGAUGACGAUGAUGAUAGUGGGUUGACAGAGGAAGUGUCAGUGACAUCGGAAGAAGAUGACUCUGAUGACUUAGAAAGUUCCGCAGAGGUAUACUCAGGUCCUGACUCUUCCCCCCCAGCAUCCUCGGACUCUACAGACGAGAGCAGUGCUUCGAAAGCUAUCUCUGGAGGGUCCUCAGAGAUAUCGUACACAAUGAGUUCCAGUGCAGAAGAUGCAUUUCCUGUCUCAGAGAGUGACGAACAUAAGGGUAAAAAGAAGGUAUCGUACACAAUGAGUUCAGACGCUUCGGUUUAUUCUUCCUCAGAAGAUACUAGCGAAGAGGAGAGUAAAAGUAAAAGUAAGAAAGAUAAAAGAAAAAGGGGAAAAGGCAAAAAUGAGAAGAGGGAAUUUUCAACAACAGAAGCUGGUAGACGUGUCAGAAUGGAAACUAGAACAAGGUUGCCAACACCAAAAAUCACACAAACCACUUCAACUACAACGGAAGAGUAUGACAGUGUGUACCACAAUCCUGGCCCAGCAGAAUCCAGCUCGGAAGAUGUUUUAACCACCCCUUGGCCCAACUUUGAUGAUGAAGAUUCAGCUGUCCACUACAUCCCCAGUGAAUCCAAGCUUUGGACCACAAGGGAAAACCCUGAUGAUUCCAAACCUCAUAUAGAGGAUGAACUCUAUGACAUGUUCAAUCGUUUUGUUGGAGGGGCAAGUGAUCGUAGAUCUGUGUAUAGAUUCAAUACUGCAGACAUGAAAUCAGAAUCGGCUGAUAAGUCUAAACUAAAAUCUGGGGGAGAACCAAAGAUAACAACGAAGAUCAGGAAGAAGAAAAAUAAGAAGAUAACUGAGAUCGAUAUCAAAUUGGACAAAAAGAAGGAAGCAAAAAUUGCUAAAACAAUUUUGGCCAAAGGGAAAGGAAAGCUUGGAAUUAAAGAAAUGGAAAAAUCGCCAAAUGAGAAGAAAGAAGUAAAAGGGAAACAAAUAGAUGAACAUGGGACAAUGCUCAAAGGAGAUUUAGAAAAAGAGAAGGUUCAAUUAGGUGGGAAAAAAACUAAAAUGAAAGAUGAGACUAAAUUGGCAGGAGCAAUAAAUAUUAAAGGAGAGCCUGGGAAGCAGGAUGGGAUUAAAGUAGAAUCAAUGCUGAGUACAAAAGGAAAAGUAAAAGUAAAACAUGCCAGUGUAGAACAUAAAAUGGAAUCUUUUAUUGCUCCUGGAGACUCUAGGAUAAGAGCAGAUCUUCCAUUAAAAACUUCAGUGAAACUUGAAACUUUGAAAAAACCUGGAAUGGAGAUGAUGAAAGUGAAGAAGGCUGAGGUGGACCCCAAGAAAAAGGCUGAGUUGGAGCAAGAACUGAUCAAAGAUUAUCCUGUAAGUGGUACAGUAGAGAUUACCAACUGGCAAGGGACCUUCGCUCCAAUCGCUGGGGAACCCUACGUUGCUCCUCUGCAUCACCAGCCUGACUCCUUCUGGGAUGCCAUAUACCGAUCCACAGAUCCAGACCUUCCUACUCCUCCUGGAGUUGUCAGUCUUCCAGAGGGUGAAGCUGAUCCAUUUACUCCCACUCACCCGCCUGCCACUCACCACAGUGAAAACACUCAUCUGGCUAAUCAUGCAAUUGGAAAAAAUCACCUACAAGAGGGAAUGCUGAUGAAGAACAAAGAUAAGGGGAAAAAACAAGAAAAGAAAAAGCCCAAGUUGUCCCCUAAGGAGAAGAAAAAGAAGAAGAAAGAAAAACAACAAGAGAAACAGGGUUCAAGAAAAGUUGCAGGAGUUGGUGAAAAAUCCGAUGUUCACCUUCAGGGUAAUCUACCUGUUCAUGCCUUGGCUGGGAAGAGCAAAGCAGGACCCCAUGUUCAAGGUUUUACUAAACCAAAUGUUAUGCAUGCUGCAACUAAAUCCGAAGAACAUUUGAAGACUCCAAGCGAGGAGGAACGUGAGAGUGGUACAACUUAUAAACCCGAAGGUGCGUAUGAGUAUCCAUCCUUCAGACAUCCGGACUUCAACCCGGACACUGCCUAUGAUGAAAAUGGGAUCCCCAUCCAUGAAAGUCCUGGAUGGACUCCGCCCCCAACACUACCAGGAGACCACAGAUUCGGGAAGGAGAGGAGCCGUGCAGGAGCUGGACUGAAAGACCGAGCCCAUGGACCCAUAAUGAAACCUAAUGUUGCUGUGAACCACAAAACGGAGACACAACAUUUAUCAAAUAAUCAUCUCCACCCCAACAUAGAGCACCAUAAGGAGGUAAUGCAACAUAUGCAGCAGUCAUUACAUCCAGACACACCAAAUCAUCAGGUGUUACAUAAUUUACAGCCUCCUUUACAUCUGAAUACAGCAAACCUUAGGAGUCCUCAAACAUCUCAGAGUCUCCAAGCACACAUUGCUGCACAAGAGCAUGAACACCUUCAGGAGUCACUACACGGGUUGCAUAUGAAUCAUCCUGCCCAUGAUGGAAAAGACCACUUGCAUGACCCCAUACACCUGGCAGACCAUCAUGAACCUGACAACCAUCAUGGAGUUCCAUUGGUUUUGCCAGCACAACAUCAAGGGAUUGCUAUCAAAGAUGGAAUCGCCAACCACAAAAUACAGAAACGGAAGGCUGAUUCUACCUCAGCAGAACUCAAGGAAGAUUCUAGUGGUGUGAUGAGUACCAAGGAACUGACAGCUGCCGCUGAGGAAUACAAGAAACAGGUGGCUUCCAAGGAGUUUGGUGUUUAUAGACUUACUGAUCAAGAAAAAAAGAAUAAGGAAGCAGAUGCACCCAUGGAAGCAUUGAACCCUGCUCUUUACAUGCACAGAAAUAUGGUACAGGUGAAGAAAAAGCCGCAAAGCGGAGACAAUCCUCUAGAAGGAAUACCUGAUGGGGCAGAACUGAUUGCUGUGAUAGUCAGCCCUCAGGAAGCUGCGGCUGGUUUGCCUGCAGCUGUGAGAGAGCUGGACCUCCAUAAAAUGAAAAAGAAACAGCGGCGAAAACUCAAGAAACCCAUUGUUUACAACAAAAACAAUGAAGCCUUGAACCCAUUGCUGUAUAAACACAGAAAUAUGUUCAAGGUUUCUGACAUUAAGGAUGAUGGAAUGAAACUGAACCAGGAAAUGAUGAAAAAAAUGGCCAUGCAGCAACUUCAAACGCAGCAACAAGAGGUGAAAAAGGCAGUACCUAUAGAAGAGUACCUCAAAGGUCCUCAAAUGCUGAAAGGAAGAGGAAGGGAGAAUUAUAACCCUGUGUUCAUCAAUCCUAAAAAGAUGUUCCAUGUGAAAACCAACAAGUUUAAAGAUCUCAGUGAGGAGCACUUCAUUGCCAAGCGCGAGGUUCAGAGAAAAGCAUUCAACAAUCCAUUUCUCCCUCAGAAUAACUUCAAGAGUAAACAACAGCAAGACUUGCUUAAUGGAUACAAGCGAGAUCCGCUGUAUAACAAAAAAUACGAGGGUAUGUUCGCUGGAAAAUACUCUAAUGCCGUUAACUAUCCUAAAGAAGAACUUGAGGACCCGAUAAUGAGAAUGUAUAUACCUGACGGUCUGGAUCCCAACCCUUUCAUAGUCGGACGACAUAAAGUGUGUAGGACUCAGGAUGGAAAGCAGACAGGACAACGUGAUAAACGGGAGACAAAAAAAAAUGGGCUGAUGAAUGCAGCUAGGGAAAGGGUGGAUGAACACAGGAAAGCAAGACUCAAACAGAGGCUGGAACUGGAUGGUGGCACUCCUGGAGCUGGAAGGCCAAAAAAUCUCAGACGGAAAACUAAAGACGAUGAGGACAGUUUUGCUUCCUAUUUUGAUGGUGUGGAUCCAAAUGUGGUGGAAGAAGAUGAAUCCACAUCCAGACCGGAAAUUACAACUAUGGCACUGAUAGAGAUAGACCCUGCGGAGUUCAUGCCCAGGAAAUAUAACCGCACAUAUCCCCGUGGGAUACGCCAUACUCCCAGCACUCUGCCUCCUGAACCAAAACACUACUCUUGGAACAAAGAGUUCCUGUCUACAGAACAUCUCCCGUUCUACGUCGGGAACCAGGUUCCUGACCCAGGAAUAAAACGCCCCCACCUUCUACAGGAUAGUUCAGUAUUCUACGUCGAUGAAGACACCAAUGCCACUCAGCCCAAUCACAGUCGUGCAACCAACAGAAAACAAAGAAAACUUGCACACAGAAGGAAAAAAUUGCUGCAGUCAAAUGCAGCUAUUUUACAUAGACUUACAAGAGAGAUGCGGCCAAUCUGGCGGAGGGAAUUACUUGAUCACAACUUAAACCCGGACAACACAACUAUGGAGUUUACAGAGUCAAUGCAACAAGAGGUAGCAGAGAUGGUGGAGCUCAAGUUGUUGGAGGGUACACCCAAUAAAGACACAAUAGAUCAGUUGACGCAUCAACUCCAUGAAAUAAUACUCACUAGACAGCAACACAACAAAUCUGUAGGCCAUAUUGUGACUGGAGGUGAGCAGCAGAGAGAGCCUCUUGUGAGAGGAACAGUGCACAUCAGUCCUGAUAAAACUAAAGGAGAGUACCACCUUCAGUACUGGCCACUGGAUGAGAUAUCAGGUUCCCCAAGGGUUUUGAAUGGGUCACUUGACUUGAAUGAGCUCAAGACAAAUCUGAGCCACAGGAACGCCGCAAGCAAGAUUCUUCGAAGUAUUUUGACAGUGAGACCAAGAGAACUGGCUCACCAUGAGGCAGACUUGGUACUGAAUAGGAUUUUUACAAGACCAACAGUAAAAUUAAGCACACGUAAUUCUACUGUGGGAACUAUGAGAGAAACAAGGACAACUAAGAAAGUAGGAAAAAAAUUGUUCAGUACUUCAAUACCAUUUACAGAGCAGAAAAUGUAUGUUGAUUUGCCACAAGAUGUUAUGAAUGACUUGAAGGAGUUGGGGAUCAAGAAUAUAGAAACGCUGAAACCCAUGAAAAGAACAACAGAAAAACCUUCAAUCCAGAGCUCUUCCAAACCCGUAUCCCUGGGUGUGACUGUUUCACCAGACGAUAAAUUGGUUUCUACUGGAAAGAUAAUGGAAAGUACAAGUUCAGUGACAGACUCUUUAAAGUCUGUAUUUGAAAUAGUAACAGCAUAUGUUACCACUGAGUCACCGAUGCAGGAGGAGUUUAACAAAUUGCGAGAAACCAUCACAAAGAGCAAAAAUAUCUCAUCAAUACUCUGGGAAGAAAUGGUAGCAAGGGAGAAAAAUACUGAACCUUCUGUCGAAGAGAUCAGAAAAAAAUCAGAUAAAAUUUCUUCAUUGGGCAACCGUAAGUUACAGCAAAGGAUUAAAGACUUUUGGCCUGGACGAGGACAUCCAACCAUGCCUCCUUUUGUCCGAAGAUGGCCAACUUUCCGGUCACAGUGGAAGAUAGAUCUGACACCAGCAACUAUGGAUGAUCUUCCCACACCUGUCAUGGGUAGAAAUGUCCAUCUCUCAACAUUUCUGACUAUGAGACCCAAGUAUGGAGGACCACGACAUGAACCUUUCUUCUUCAACGAUUUCUCCAGAAUCAGAACCGUGUACCCAACAGGUGUGACCACAGAGAUGGCAGAUACCACGGAGGCAGUAACAGAAGACUCCACAACUAAGCACAGCUUUGUAACACAAUCUCACACAACAGAGGAAUUCAUAACUUCUCAGAGCAAGACAACACAAAAGCACUUUCCAUGGCCAAGAUUUGACUGGGAGAAGGUUGAUGAAAAGCGCAGGAGGUUCUACAAGAUCGGCUAUGAAUUUAAGAAUGACACGCCGUAUGACAGUUUUGAGAGCUCAACUAUUUUUGAGAUUCCCAGUUAUGACUGGGACCAUGUUGUGAAGAAGCAGAGUGAUUACCACAGGGUCGGUGGGAAGUACAGGCACCUCUACACGACAGAGCGAACAACCACCUGGAACUAUUAUGAAGACGAUGAUAGCAUUUUCCGAGGUUUCGACCACAAUACAACCGGGCAGCCAUACUUUGUAGAGUUGAAGGUGUCGGACAAAGUUCAUACUGUGAGACCCUUCUAUGUCCGACCAACAGCUCCGUCACCACCCACCCCGAUGCCAACCCCACGGCCCACUACUCAGCGCACCGGUCUCCACAAAAUCAAACAUCAUGUCUCCACGGGCUUAAAGAAAUUCUUUAGCAUUUUUGGAUUUGGGAAAUCCAAAAAGAAGGAGGACUAGGAAAAUAAUUAUAUGUUUUUGUAUUUGAUGUCAGAUCAUCUUCUCCUGUAUGUAUAUAAUGUAUUUACUGUAGUGUCCAUUUUGUACUCAUAAAAAGUUUUUCUUCUCAAAGUUUGUUUUCCUAUUUAUAAAAGUUGGACAUACAUCAGUGUUAAAAAUAUAAUUAAAGUUUUAUUAUAAUUUUAUUUUGA